AUGGGACAAGGAGCAUGGAGGGACUUGGCACAUGGAGCAGCUCAACUGGAUACGCAAAGGAAGAAGGGAGAAGCCAUCUUGAAGACCAGCUCGACCGUCUACUCGACCAACCGGUCGAGUUCCUCAACUCGACCGGCCAAGCUUCAACUCGAUCGAGCUGAGAAGUCAAAGUCAAACCCGAAAAAUCUCGAUCGAGUUGAAGCUUGGCCGGUCGAGUUGAGGAACUCGACCGGUUGGUCGAGUAGACGGUCGAGCUGGUCUUCAGGAUGGCUUCUCCCUUCUUUCUUUGCGUAUCCAGUUGAGUUGCUUCCAUGUGCCAAGUUCCUCCAUGCUCCUUAUGUCCCAUAUGCUCCAGAAUGCUCCAAAAGACCUAUUCCAAAGGACCAAACAUGCAUAUGUAUGCAAAUGCAACCUAAAACUAACAUGAAUGCAUAA